UCCCUUCUAUUUUUCCAUUGAGACAUAGACGGAUAUAUUUCCUCCCUACCUAUGGGGUUUGACAUGCUGUUCAAAAUGGCGAAUUUCAGCUGCCUGUUCACUGGAAUUGAUUCCUUAAACUAAAGUUCGAUUCUUUCUUCUUCAGUUGGCAAUCUGGGACCACUAGCAAAAAAAAUUCCUUUGGCCUCUUUUCCAAUGGCGGACAAAAAUGCUUUCUUCAGUUGGAAAUCUUACAUAUACUGCAUACGGUAGCAUUUUCUUAUAUCUGAAAUUAUCAUGGGCAUUCAUUUCAGCCGAGAGAAUUCGGCUAGCGAAGGCACCAAUAGUGAAGAUCAGGCAACUUAUCAUGGAAAUGUACACGUUAUCACUUCCAAACAGGAGUGGCAAGCAAAACUUUCUGAGGCAAAAACCAAUGGAAAGAUUGUUGUGGUGGAUUUCUCUGCAGCAUGGUGUGGCCCCUGCAUAAUGAUUGCUCCUUUUUACGCUGAACUUUCUGAGAAAUAUACAAAGCUUCUGUUCCUCAAAGUGGACGUUGAUGAAAUGGCUGAUAUUUCUGCGGAAUGGGAUAUCCAAGCAAUGCCAAGUUUCGUUUUCAUAAAAGAUGGGAAACAGAUAGACAAGCAGGUGGGAGCAAACAAAGCUGAGCUGGAGAAGAAAGUAAAAAAUUAUGCCACUACAGCGUAGUGAGCAUGUCAGCCUGAAGAUGCUUCUUUGUUAGACUUGUGUUUCUCCAUAAGAUAUUGUGAUUUAGAUUUAAUAUAUGGUAUUUCUACAUAUAUAUUUUGUGAACGUGAAGACUGCCCUGAGUGAAAUUUAGAGUAUAAAGUGAUUUAUUCCUCCCAGAUGAUUCCUUUUCUUUAUAUAAAUGACCAUGCACCAUUACGAUAAGUAUCAUCUAUAAUAUGUUUUGCAAUAUAAAUCCUCAGUAGCUUAUUUGUUCUUAUUAUCAAA